CCAGCAGCAGCAACAGCAGUUCCAGCAACCGGCUCCCCAGCAGCAGCAACAACAUCCACCACCUCAGCAACAACAGCCACCUCCCCAACAGCAGCUCCACCAGCCACCGCCGCCGCAGCAGUUCCAGCAACAACAACAACAUCCGCCUCCUCAGCAAUUCCAGCAGCAGCCGCCUCCGCAGCAACAAUUUCACCAGCAGCCACCCCCGCACGAGCUCGGCGGACAGCACCAUCCACCGCCGGUAGUGUCGCUGCAGGACAUCCCCGAGCACGACCGACCAUGGUACGAAAUGCUGCCAGCGGUCGCGAUGGACUACAAGGUGCACAUCGAUGCCGGCAAGGAGGAUUGCUACUUCCAGUACGUCCAGCAGGGCAGCACGCUGUACGUAAGCUUCCACGUAAUCCGGGGCGGUGACGGGAUGGCCGGCUUUGCGGUGCGCAAUCCGCGCGGCGAAAUUGUCCACCCGUACCAGUGGCAGGCGUCGAGCGAUUACACCGACGGUGCGGCAAUGGGCGGCUUCUACGCCGUCUGCAUCGACAACCAGUUUUCGCGCUUUGCCAGCAAGCUGGUCAACCUGUACAUUACCGUGAUCCGGUACGAGGAGUGGGAAAAAUUCACCAAGGAGAUCGAAGAUUUGAACGUCAACAUGAACAACUUUACGGGCACCAUUUCGACGGUGGAACGGAACCUGAACGCCAUGUUCCAGUAUCAGGCCCACUCGCGCAACAACGAGGCCCGCGAUUAUGCGCUGAUUCUGGACAACAAUGCGUACAUCUGGAAGUGGUCCGUGCUGCAGAUCCUGGUGAUCGUGUUCACCACCUCGGUGCAGGUGUACUUUGUCCGGAAGCUGUUCGACAUCAAGACGGGCAGUGGCAAGAGCCGCAUUUAGACGCGCGAAGCAGAAGAACGGGGCGCAGGAACUGACUGCUGUUGUUUCUAGUAUUGUUACUUAAAAUGUUAAAUAUGCCGCCUGGUGUGUGUGGCAUUGGGAAUCACGCACACACGGACCAACGAACGCACGCAACAGACACAUUCCCCUUUCUCCCCCGGGCGGCCAGAUUGUAUUACAGCCGGUCGAGAAAAUGUUCUUCCAAUUCCUUCUACGUUAAUGUAAUUUUCUUCCAUUACAGUACAGCAAAAGAUUGAUUUCGCAUCCUUAUCUGUCAGGGUUUGUGAAAGGGAAAAUACAGUCGAUUGCUUGUGUAGUGCACUCCACCUCGAA